AUAGCAACAAAUUUUCCCGAGAAAAUCGAAAUACAGAGUUUUUAUCUAUCCAGGGCUGAAGACCCAGUGACGCAGCAAGAAUUCCAAUUCCCACCAAGAGAUUGAGAGAGAGAGAGAGAGGGAGAGAGAAGAGAGAUUGAGUGAUGGGGGCAAUAACAAGCGCAGUGAUAGCAAUAGCGGGGGUGGUGCUGGGGUGGAUCGCCAUAGAGAUCGCCUGCAAGCCAUGCCUGGAACAGGGCCGUGACGCCAUUGACCGCUCCCUCAAUCCCGACUACGACCCUGACGACGCCGACAACGUUCGUGCCCCUCUCAACCCUAACUUCACCUCAGAUCUCGAAGAACCAUCUCCCGAUCCACGGCCCGCUAUUGUUGCUCCUUCUUCUUCCUCCGUUCCUAUCAAGGCUGUCUGAUCACAUGCACCUCCGAUUCAUCACAUCUUUCAUUCCCCCAUGCUUUUCUCUGGUAUUUUCCCAAAACCGCGAUCGUACAAGUUUAUAAUGACUUUUCGGGCUUCUCUCUGUCUUUUUUUUUUUUUUUUUUUUUUCUCCCCAAUUUUUCGGUGGAAAAAAGGAAAUGGAAAUGGAAUGAAAUGACGGAGGUUUUCUGGUAAUCUUCUGUGUGUAUCCGUGUCUUUCUAAUGGGGUUUUUUUUUUUUUUGUUAAUUCUGUGGGGGUGAGAUUGGAAUGUUGGUUUGACUGACACGGAUCUGUAUGUUUGAUUAUUGUAAUUUGAAUCGCGGAUUAUUAACAUA